GGUGUAACUGUGUUAAAACUCCCUCCUCCUCAGUUCGGCAAGAUCCACAAACCAUGGCGGGCUCAUCAAAAUCUCUUCUUCCACCCGCGUCAAUGUUUUUGCUUGUAUGGAUUCUUUCGUUCUGCUUACUGUCCUGCAAUGGCCAAGCACCCGCACAGCCCACUCUGGGUGAACUUACUACAACAGUACAACAACUUCUCGACAGAUUCAACAACUUUCAGACAUAUGUUGAACAUGAAAUUAACAAACUGUGGACGGCAUUAAAAUCAACUGGGCCUAAUGGAUAUGUACACCCAGUCGACCUUCAACCCACCAAGGCAAAGGUCGAGGUCAACGCUGCCAAGGAUAGCGCCACUUACACAAUUGAAUACAAAGCCAUUAAGGAACCACGAGUUAUCUGGAGAGUUAAUACAGAACCUGCAGGUAACAGCAAAGCGCAAACGAAUCUCAAAGACACACCGGGCUCGCUAGAUGGCGCUAUUAGCGACGAAGGCAUCAUCACCAAGGUCUUCAGGAACGGGAUGGGGAAGACCACCCUCCGUAUCCACCCUUCCAAGGAGAUUGUCGCCUCCGUCAUCGUCGACCACGUCACCUUCGUCCUCAGCUUCAGACCAAACCCCAACAAAACCGCCGAAGUCGUCCUCCGCCCCACCAACUUCGACGUCGACACCGGCCCCCACGGCAGCUUCAACUACUUCAAGAAGAAGGCGAUGCAGAUAACAGUAUCCUCUCCCAAGUUCUACCCCGGGUUCACCUCCCCCAAUGAUUACCAGUGGAGCUUCUGGAUGGCCAACACUACCGCCUCACCCCCAGUCAUAGAGGAGUACCCCCAGUGGAGAGAGAUCCAAGGCGGCGUGGUCAGGGUGGGGCCCAUCAGAACCCUGAAGAAGAACGACAUAGGGUCUGAACUAAAGAUUACCUAUGAACUGAUGACGGACAAAGGGGACUAUGAUGGCAUCCUCAUCUUCUCUAAAUAUUACACGGCUACAGAGCGGGAUUCAGUCCUCACUGGGCUCACAGAGAUGAGAUAUGUAUUUGUUCAUCGCUCAGACAGAUUCGACCCCUUCCCGAAAGGCUUCAUCGCCUUUGUACGCCGUGACCCGCCUCUCAAGCCCUGCAUCUCCAACCAGACUUGUUCUAUAGCCUGCCACGCUGUUGGUGUUGUCCCAGAACGCAUCCGAUUGUACAAGGUUCAGAUUGACAAGUCCCUGAUGGAGGUGAAGCUGCCGAAGUUGGAGGUGCGCGAGCCGUACAUGCUUUACAACCACUACGGUAUCAAACAGAUGAUGGAGGAGGAUGAGGGGGAGUAUGUAUGCGUGGCCUUCAGCGGCACCAAACACACGGAGAUGAGAACGACGUUAUUACUCAGCGAGCCCGUGGAGUACGUCAACAGCUCUUCCGGCGUCGUGUACGGACAAGAGUCGGUGACUGUGACAUGUGCCGCUAGGGGGCGCCCACUUCCCCACGUGACAAUGUUCGAGAACUACGCCUACCAGAACGAGAUCAACACCAUGCCGCCAUAUUACAGAGUCGAGCGAACCGUCAGCCGAAUUCGUGGCGAACACAUCGCUACCAUGACAGUUAUAAUAAACCGCCAGUAUAUGCCUGUUCAUCUGUGGAGAAUCAUAUGCAUGUUUGAUAACCCGUUCCAACUCUCCGCCACUGACUUCGAAAUUAAGACCAACGCUCCCGGCCCUCUGAUGGGACCCCGCCCAACCUGGGGCAAUCCAGUCCAACCCCCAAGGACUGUGUAAUGUCGGCACAGGGAACAACAGUUUCUUUAGAACGGGAUAAUCAAUACUUCACGGACUUGUAUACACGACGAUCCUUCAACGCCUGUCAAUACACACGACCGAUUUGAGGUGCAGUGGUCACACACACCUAUUUCAAGUCAAGCAAUAGAAUGAUAGGCCUUGUGCGGAUGUCAAAUGAGCGCUACUCCGUGUAUGAAUGUUGUCAGGAAUACACGCUGGUUUGAUCUGCAUUCGUCACCCCUCGCCCCUUUCCGUAACUGCUAUUCGGCUUGUCCCGGAAUAACACGAUUUGGUCACGAAUGGUUUGAUCUGGUCUGCAUCCAGUCGGUUGAUUGGUUGGUUAAAAAUUUAGACACACUGCAAGACGGUUGUGUGUAUUCAUGGGUUAGAGAGGAACGUAGUGUACAUAAGCCAGUGAAGCAAGGACGAUAGAAACUGUCUGCAAUAUAUUUGUGACCAUUGCCUGAAGUUUCUGUCCAUGAACCACCUCAGGGCAUGGAGAUUGACACACGUUGGAUUGGGUUGGUUAGAAAUACGAAAUCAAACUUGUUUUCGUACAGGACUUAGAUUAACACGAUAACUUUAAAACGGUCACUUGAAUUUAUUUAUUGUUCUUUAUCUAAAAAAAACAACUAGAUAAUUAAAACACACUACUUCACAUUGGUUAUACAUUCAUUGCCCUGUGUAGCAUGCUUCCAUGUUAAAUAUUGAUGUCUUGUGGUGUUCUGUGUACAUAUAUUGAAAAAAUUAAAAGCAUUCGUGUCAUUUGUUAAUCAAAAACACACAUUUAAUGUAAUAGCGUUAUCUUAUGAAAAAUAAAAGGCAUGGGGCGAUUACUUA